AUGGCCUCGUCCAGCUACUUGGCCGCGUUCCAGCGCGGUGCUAGCAUGUACCGCGACGACGACCACGGCAAUCUCCCUUCUUACUCCUCAGCUGUUAAAGAAAAAUUGCACAGGCGUCAGCCAACAGCCCAGUGGUCUCUCCCUUUCGCGAUUCCUGUCUCCAGUCCCGACAUGCGUCGCCCACGUCUACGCAUAUUAAGCUCUACUCGCACCCACCACUUCAAAAUCACACGACUGGGCCGGAAACGAAAGUCACUCUGUCGAUGUCUUGCCCUUCUUGCCAGCAUAUUCGCACUUUACAUCGUCGUUCUGCGCUUGGGAAUGGAAGACCGUCAUUGGACGCCGACCUUUCGUGACCCUUCGACGUUGGUCUUCGGACGUGAAAAUCUACAGAAGAUCUGGAAGUGGGAAAUAGAGAGUGGUCACUACCCUAGUAGCCGCAAAAUACCGCAGCAGAUUGGGCUCACCUCUCCCAUACCGAAUCCUGCCAUUCCGCCCGCAAAGGCACAUACACUCAUUUCACCUUUCACACCACCAUUGGACCCUGUUGUCACUAGUACUCGAGGUUACGGCCCUCGGCGCGUGUAUGUAGAUAUAGAGAGUCAUCCCUCGCACGCUGCAUACCCACCUCGUCCAGUGCCGAGCAGCACGAUUGAUCUUGAUAUUAUUCUGGACCAUUGCGACUUCACGCAAAAAAAGUAUGUACGCGAUUGUUUAGAAGUCUUGCGAGUGGGAGGAAACUUGGAUAACGGACGACGUUUACGACGGGGAGAGAUGGAUGAAUGGAAGUAUAUUUUCGUCGAUGGAGAGACUCAGAACGUUACGGAGACGCCUCACACUGCCAGCCCUAUCAUUGUUCCAAGACCACUUCCAACUGGACAUCACGACUCAAACGCGGGAUUGACGAAGAAGAGAGGUGUCCAGUGGGAGCCUCGGAUGGUUCUCCCGCCUACUUCAUUGCCACAGACAUCCAUGAGCCCAACGACUUCCUGCGAUCCGGAUAAUCCACGCCUGUUCCACAUGUUUUGGACGGGGCCUUUUACCGAUAAGCCCUACAUGGCCUUGCUCUCUUUCUUGUUCACCCAAAACCUUGGAUUGGAUUUGAAGGGCCAGGGCGAAUCUCCUGUUUGUCGCCCUCAGUUCUGGUUGUGGAUCAAUCCUGGCCCAGCAGCGGCUGUUCCCAAUGCAUCAGCCAUGAGCGACAUGUUUACGCAACUGAAGACCAAUCCAUGGGCAGCUCCAUUCCUUCACCCACGGUUCAGAGAUGUUAUCAAGUUUAGGUUGUGGAAUACGACCGAGCAGCUUGAUGGCAUCCCCGAACUCAAAGAUGAAUGGCGAUCGAGCGAGAGUCUUUUCAAUUCUGGUGGUGUUUCCAUGAAUGUACCCAUUGAUAAGCAGCAUGCAAGGAGCCCAGGGAGAGAAGCUGGCAGCAAUGGAACCGUCAGCACUUCAAAGUCAGAUGAAGAUACAAAGUCAAAUGAUGAUACUAUGGUCAACCGCACGGGCUCAAAAUCGUCGUCUUCAUACGAUAAACUUUCUGUUAUCCUCUCGGAUAUGGCACGGUUCAUUCUGUGCCAUCGAUAUGGCGGUAUAUACUUGGACGCGGAUACGAUCUUUUUACGUGACUGGGAAGAGCUCUGGGGGUGGAAAGGCGCCUUUGCAUACAGGUGGUCAUACCACGACGAUUACAACACAGCAGUCCUCCACUUGAACAAAUAUUCAGCACUGGGUUCAUUUUUAUUCAGAACCGCACUGAAAAACGGUCUCGAUUUCCACCCCGUCGUCGUAUCUAAAUAUCUGAAGGAUGCUCAUCUCGAUAACUUAUUGUUCCGUAUUCCUGAUGCUCUAUUCGAUUCGGCUUGGCUGAACAUGGAAGGUUAUCAACACGAUCGUCCACCUCAGCCUUCAUUUUCCGUUUUCGAAGACUUUUUCGUGACACCGGAUGAAAGUAGUGCUGCACCUCAUGCAUUGGGUUUUGAGGGUUUUUUCCGAGGGGCUUAUUCUUAUCAUUUCCACAACUUCUGGUGGGAUCCUUUCGAUUCCGCUCGUAACUGGCCAGAUCUCGGUUCGAGGUUUGGUGCUGGCGAAAGGGCCGCUCGUGCUGUCGCUCUCCCAGAUCUCGACCCUGAUGAAUGGGUAGACGCGGUCUCAAAGGAUAAGCGUGAUCUUGACUGGGCGACUGUCUUGAAGAGAACAUUCGAGGCAUACGUUCGAGGGGAGCGACCCAACAUGUAUGGCGAAUUCCUUCAGUGGUGA